CAAAGUGUGAACACUAGAAACCCUAAUAAGCUUAACCCGGAAAGCCUCGGGUAUAAUAAAACCCUAAAAUCUCCCGUCGUUUCUGAGAGUGUUGGCAGAAUCCUGCGUUUGUGUUGCCGUGAAGAUGGUGAAGGGACGUCAAGGAGAGCGUGUCAGGCUUUACGUGAGGGGUACAAUCCUUGGAUACAAAAGAUCCAAAGUAAACCAGUACCCAAACACAUCUCUGGUCCAAAUUGAAGGAGUGAACACCAAGGAAGAGGUAGCUUGGUAUGCCGGUAAGAAAAUGACAUAUAUCUAUAAGGCCAAGGUGAAGAAGAAUGGAACCCAUUACCGCUGCAUAUGGGGCAAGGUUACAAGGCCACAUGGUAACAGUGGUAUUGUUCGUGCCAAAUUCAAGUCAAAUCUUCCCCCCAAAUCAAUGGGUUCCCGCGUAAGAGUAUUUAUGUACCCAAGCAACAUAUGAGAUUCAGGUGAUAAGGUCAGUAGAGUUGCGGGAUGACUUUUAGUAGCCUCAAGGAAUUUUGUUUAUUUUUAAAUUUUGUGAUACUAUUCUUCUGUUUAGACAGUUCUUUUAAUGGAAUGUUGUGUACUAGCAGUAUUGGCUUUUCAUGAAAUAUUACAGUCAGCACCAUGUGUGUGGACUUGGUUAUCA